UUUGGCAUGCCCCCAAGAAUUCUCAGAAUGUGAUUCCCCUCUUUCUCUGCCUCCGCUCCAAGCUCCGUUUUAUUAUUUUUUUCAAGGGUGUCUUGCAUCAGCCCAGUGAGUAUGAGAGGGAACUGAGCGGAGCGAGGAAGAAAAGAUCGAAAAGGCUUGGAUUCUGACAGAACUGGGGACACGGACACUCACUGGAAUACUCCACCGCUUCCUCUGAACAAAUGGUUUGAAAGGGCAAAACUCUUUAAAAGUUUGAAGACCCGCUGUGUGUGAAAGUGUGUGUGUGUGUGUGUGUGUGUUUGGGAUGAAGUGCCUGUGGGGGGGCCACUUUCCGCUGAUCAUCCUGCUCUACCUGUUAGGAGACGUCACCUCACAGGUUAACCCAGGUGUGUGUCGGUACCCUCUGGGGAUGUCCGGAGGACAAAUUCAGGAUGAAGACAUCUCUGCCUCCAGUCAGUGGUCUGAGUCUACAGCUGCUAGAUACGGCAGGUUAGACUUUGAGGAGGGUGAUGGUGCGUGGUGUCCAGAGAUAACGGUUGAACCAGACAGUCUAAAGGAGUUCCUCCAGAUAGACCUGCGUUCCCUCCACUUCAUCACCCUGGUGGGCACCCAGGGCCGCCACGCAGGGGGCAUCGGCAACGAGUUCGCCCAGAUGUACAAGAUUAAAUAUAGCCGUGACAGCAGCCGCUGGAUUUCCUGGAGGAACAGACAGGGCAAACAGGUGAUAGAGGGAAACAGGAAUGCAUAUGACAUUGUGCUGAAGGACCUGGAGCCUCCGAUCAUCGCCCGCUUCGUGAGAUUCAUGCCCGUCUCAGACCACUCCAUGAACGUCUGCAUGAGGGUAGAGCUCUACGGCUGUGAGUGGCUUGAUGGUCUGGUGUCCUACAACGCCCCAGCAGGAGAACAGAUGAGUCUGGAGGGCCAGCCUGUCCACCUCAAUGACUCUGUGUAUGAUGGAGCCGUCAUCUACAGUAUGACGGAGGGGCUAGGCCAGCUGACUGAUGGAAUGUGUGGAUUAGAUGACUUCACCCACAGCCACGUCUACAAUGUGUGGCCUGGUUACGACUAUGUGGGAUGGACUAAUGAGAGCUUUCCCAAUGGAUACGUGGAGAUCAUGUUCGAGUUUGACCGCACUCGCAAUUUCACCACCAUGAAGGUGCACUGUAACAACAUGUUCAUGAAGCAUGUCAAGGCAUUCCGCCAGGUGGUGUGUUACUUCCGUUCUGAGGCUGACUGGGAGGCCACGCCCCUUUCCUUUAGUCCCGUGGUGGAUGACGUCAAUCUCAGCGCCCGCUUCGUCACCAUCUCUCUGGCCAAUCAUAUGGCCAGUGCAAUCAAGUGCCAGUUCUACUUUGCUGAAGCCUGGAUGAUGUUUAGCGAAAUCACCUUCCAGUCAGACACAGCCAUGUACAACACUACCCUGGCACCCCCCAAGACCGGCAGCAGCCCCCCCACUAGCACUCAACCAGGGGAUGACCCCACCCACAAAAUAGAUGACAGCAACACCAGAAUUCUGAUUGUCUGCCUGGUGGCCAUCAUUCUUAUCCUUGUCGCCAUCAUUGUCAUCAUCCUCUGGAGGCAGGUCUGGCAGAAGAUGCUGGAGAAGGCCUCGCGGCGGAUGCUGGACGAUGAACUAACUGCUAGUCUGUCACUACAGAGCGAGACGUUCGCCUACAGCCACAACAACCCGACAUCAUCGUCAGCACCCAGCGAGCAGGAGUCUAGCUCCACCUACGAGCGUAUCUUCCCCCUGGGCCCUGACUACCAGGAACCCUCACGACUCAUACGCAUGCUACCUGAGUUCUCCCACACCUCCAAGGAUGCCGUUUUGACCAGCACAGCAGUGACAGCCUCCAAGGCUCCCAUUGCAACAGUUGCCCAGGACGGAGUCCCUCACUAUGCCGAGGCAGACAUCGUCAACCUGCAGGGCGUAACCGGGGGCAACACGUACGCGGUCCCUGCUUUAACCAUGGACCUGCUGUCAGGGAAGGACGUGGCAGUGGAAGAGUUCCCCAGGAAACUGCUCACCUUCAAAGAGAAGCUGGGCGAGGGACAGUUUGGAGAGGUCCACUUGUGUGAGGCAGAGGGCAUGAAGGAGUUUAUAGAUGAGGAUUUCUCCUUCAACAUCAGUGACAACCAGCCAGUACUGGUUGCUGUUAAGAUGCUCAGAGCAGAUGCUAACAAAAACGCCAGGAAUGACUUCCUGAAGGAGAUUAAGAUCAUGUCACGUCUGAAGGACCCCAACAUCAUCCGUCUGCUGGCCGUGUGUAUCUGCAGCGACCCCCUCUGCAUGAUCACAGAGUACAUGGAGAACGGUGACCUCAACCAGUUCCUGUCCCGCCAUGAACCUGAGGGACAGAUAGCACUCAUCAGCAACGUAACCACUGUCGGCUACAGUGACCUGCGCUACAUGGCCACUCAGAUUGCCUCAGGGAUGAGGUACCUCUCCUCGCUUAACUUUGUCCACAGAGACCUGGCUACGAGGAACUGUCUGGUGGGGAAGAACUACACCAUCAAGAUUGCUGACUUUGGCAUGAGCAGGAACCUGUACAGUGGAGACUACUACCGCAUCCAGGGUCGGGCCGUGCUGCCCAUACGAUGGAUGUCCUGGGAGAGCAUACUGCUGGGUAAGUUCACCACAGCCAGUGACGUGUGGGCGUUUGGGGUGACGCUGUGGGAGACCCUGACCUUCUGUAAGGAGCAGCCUUACUCCCAGCUGACUGAUGAACAGGUCAUAGAGAACACUGGGGAGUUCUUCAGGGACCAGAAACGACAGAUCUACCUGCCCCAGCCAGUGCUGUGUCCUGACUCUUUGUAUGAGAUCAUGCUGUGUUGUUGGAGAAGGAACACCAAGGAGAGGCCUUCCUUCCAGGAGAUUCACCGAGUGCUGCUGGAAAGCCAAGCUUAGGGCCCGAACCCCUGGGCCAGCACACACACACACAGACAGACAGACGGAUGAAACGCAUCAACAACACAUUAAGCAUCGGUCUAUAAGUCAAAGGGUCAACUCAAUUCAACUUUUGAUGCACAGAAAAAUUACAAAUGGCUGUCCGUUGUCUCAGCUAGAGAAGUAAAAGUGAAAUCUAGCAAUGAAAGUUCUGCCCUUUUGAAAAUGUAUCAUUUAUUCCAAAUGGUGCUAGAAAUAAGUAUGACGUUUCCACCUUGUUUAGUGCAGUGUAAUGUAAUGCCACGUCUAUGAAUUCAAUUGUGUUUUCUUUAAGAAGACUACUUGAAUGUAAAUCAGAUGUCUUCAUUAAGCAAACCAUCAGUGUUCAGUUUGGAGAAUUUUGAUACAUUAAUUUUUAUUUUGCAAGGUUAUUCAUCUCAGUCACUGAUCGUUUCUUUGUACACUUUGUUUAGAGCUAACAGGGAUAAUGGUAAUGUAGUCAAUGCAUUAUAUGACUCUUUACAUGAUCCUGACUUACUAUCAUCCAUUUUGAAUCUGUUGACAAUGUGUCAUAUAGAUAUCACAUAUCUAAUCUGUUGGCUUUGAGUAAAGAGUUACAAGUGAUGAACAAAUUCAUAACAGGCAAUAACCAUCAUUCGACCAUAUCUCAGCUAUAGUACUCUCUGGCAGUACACUUUGCCACAUUGUCUGCCAGUGAUAUUUGACCAAGAGUGCUCAAAGACAUUGGUGUCUAUGUACUUCAAUAGAUCUUGUUAAAUCUCAAAUAGUAAUAUUUUGUAUUGAUAUUUAUGUAUUGUUUAUAUUUCAGUUUGCUUUCUGUUUAUAUAUUUGGGUACUGAUCAGCUUCUUUUUGCAUGGGAAAAUUUGUACAAAGUUGUACGUUGUGCAAUUUUCUAGAUUCAGUUUUGUAUUUCGUUAAACAUCUCAGUCGAGAGUAGUUUCAGAAAAUGACAGUAGGCUUUGUGGAAUGUGGGGUGUACAAAUGUUGGUUCUCAUUCAUAUUUGUGACCAAAUAACUGUCCAAAUCAGAUCGUAGAUCAGCUGCAUUACUUAUGGUCCAUGUUCAGUCCAUACUGAGCAGAUUAUAAAUAAACUGCAUUAGUGCUGGUCCAUGUUCAGUCCAUACUGAGCAGAUUAUAAAUAAACUGCAUUACUUAUGGUCCAUGUUCAGUCCAUACUGAGCAGAUUAUAAAUAAACUGCAUUACUGGUGGUCCAUGUUCAGUCCAUACUGAGCAGAUUAUAAAUAAACUGCAUUAGUGCUGGUCCAUGUUCAGUCCAUACUGAGCAGAUUAUAAAUAAACUGCAUUACUGGUGGUCCAUGUUCAGUCCAUACUGAGCAGAUUAUAAAUAAAAUGCAUUACUUAUGGUCCAUGUUCAGUCCAUACUGAGCAGAUUAUAAAUAAACUGCAUUACUGGUGGUCCAUGUUCAGUCCAUACUGAGCAGAUUAUAAAUAAACUGCAUGGUUCAUGUUCAGUCCACACUGAGCAGAUUAUGGUGCUAAUCAGGAUCCAGACUGGAGGGGAGAUGAUGUGCUAACUAAGUUCUGAUGGGUCUUUGGAAAGGGAAUUGUAGGAAACGAUGCUUCUAGAAAGAAAGAUUUUUUAAAUGGUUAGUGUGUUUGCUACCUUGAUACAACAAAUGUUCUAAGCUAUCAUUGUGUUGUAUUGAACUUGUUAAAAUGCACAGUUGUUCUGAACAGGACAACUGUUUAUGAUGUAUCUCUGUUGAAAGAGAGUGAGAGCUGAACGGUGAUUAGAGGGUUUCUGAAUAGAGUUAAGGUGAGGAUGAUAAUCAGUCAGAAUGAUUUCAGACAAUCUCAACUGCACACAAGGACAGUUGUUGUACAACAAGACCGUUACUAUAGUAGCUAUUAUGAUUAUGCAAUUCUUUCACCAUUAGCUUUAGGUUUGAACCCUAAAUGACUUCAAUAUGUUAUCAACCUGUCUCCUGUCUUCAUGGUCUACAGGCUUAGUUUUGAUGUCCUGCUUCCUACAAUCACACACAGAUGCAACUUUACUCAGGGGCCUUCUCCUUCUUCUCAGCAACCUUCGCCCCUGGACCUUAUUAUUCACAUUCUGGUGUCAUUAUGGGCCAUCUUUAUAGGUUGUUCAGUUAUAGGCUGAGACCCAAAUCAAACACUAUUCAAGUUUUAAUGUCACAUGCACAAGCACAGUGAAAUGCUUUUCUUGCAAACUCAAAACCCAACAAGGGGCUUUCAAUAACAAUGUAUAAUAGAAAAAAAACACGAGAAAUAAGAAUAGGAAUUAUGAACUACACGAUCAAGUUAGUAAGCGUACUAUAUACAGGAAAUAUUUAAAAAGUCAGUUAAUGUUUUAUUUCUGUAUUUCAUUUAUCAUUUUCAGGUUCUCUCCUGACCACGAACUGAUGAUAUAUUGCCCUGUGGGAAGUAUAUUUGUACAUAUAUUGUAGUCCAUAGUAAUGGUUUGAUAGUCAGUAAUAUGGAUGAGGCAUGCAUUGAUAUAUAUCCUUAAGACCAAAAUGGGACCCGUUCACAGCAUCUCAAUGUUUCAGCUUGUUUGAAUGCUUUAUUAUUGUAUUAUUACAGAUUUCCAUCUAUAAAGCAAAUGAGGGCAUACUUAUUGUAUAGUAAUGAAGUUGUAUAGAGGUUAUUAGUGUGUCAGUGCACAAGGAAAUUAAAUAGUGGUUGAGUUUUAUAAGAUCUUUGUACUCAAAUGUUUGUUUUUUUAAUCAAUUAAAACAUUGAAUUUUGUCUGAUUUGUCAUGGAGAUAAUUUGUUACAGACGAAAUUAAACAAAUCACCUAAAUUA